AUGAGCAAGUUGUACAUAGGAAAUCUUCCGGCUGAGACGACGGAGACGAGUCUCCGUCAGCUCUUCGUGGAGCAGAACCUCUCGUGCACGAACAUCCUCGUCAAACGGGGAGGUUACGCUUUCGUCGAUUGCUCGGAUCAAUCGUCGGCCGACAAGGCCAUCGACAAACUGAAUGGAUUUUCUUUCAAUGGAGCAUCUUUGGUUGUGGAACCGUCAGUGGCUUCUGGUAAAAAGAGAGGGUCAAUUACUGGACUGAGCGAAACCUCUAGUGUUCAAGUUGGAAACGGAUGGAUAUAG